UUUUCUUUUCAAGAUUCCGUCUCAAAUAUUGGUUAUUGGACUUUUUUCAUGGUUUCCGAGUAUUCGGAUCGCUCGGGUCACAGAUCAAGGAAUUUUCAGGCAUUCUUGUGUCUUCGAUAACGAGCUAUAAUUAUAUUAAUAAGAUGGCCGAGCCGUGGAAAAAAUGAAACUCCUUAUCUAUACAAAUAUCCGCGUGCGCCCCAAUUUAUGUAUAUAUAUGUUUUUUUUGUUUUAUUCUGUUAAUUUUUAUUGUUUGUCUAUCAUUCUAGAUACCAGUUCGCGGAAAUGAAUCAUGUAAUCUCUGCGCACGGGUACUGCUGAUGGUAUCUGGUCCGAGAUCUAGAUUUAGGUUCAAUGUAUCGUGUUAUUCUUGCGCUCCUCUUGGUUGUCACGAGCCAUCCGACUUAUCAUCUCUCGCCUGUCGACUUGUCCAGAGUGCGGGUGGAUUAAUGACUCAUAUCAAUCCUCUAAGGUUAUAUGACGAUCCCGGAUUUGUACUUUGCACCAUUGAGUAACUAACGGCAACGCGAAACUUACGAUGAUCAGAAAUAAACUCGUGGACAGGGAAUUUCCCUGGAACUUAUCCCCCGAUUCCCGGGAGCAUACACAGCGGUCCAGUUGAUCAUGAUAAACACUUGUUUACUUUCUUCUGUUCAUAAACAUUCCAAUCGAAUUUUCGGCAAUUAAGAUGAAAAUAGCCAUCCGAAUUGCGUUAUCUUGUUUACAGCUUGUUUGCAGUAAAAUGCAAAAACAUAAAACAGCUCCAGAGGAUAUUCGCCAGCUGAUACAUUGCUUUGCGGAAGUUAAUGAAUCGCCAUGCAAAUAUGUGCAGCCAUGAUGCAGUGUAUCCUUCAUAAGAUCAUUAUUAUUGUUAUUAAUUUAAUGCUUUUUUAGCUGUGAUCUACACAUUCUUUUCGGGAGAGAUGCUUGGUAAGGUUGAGUAGUCUAGUUCCGAUAGAGAUACAGGUUCAAGGUUCAGUUCUAUCAUCCACUAAAGAAAUGUUUAUUUUAAAAGAGUGGGGAACUCUCUCUCUCGGAAAGACUGCGUUUUAAGAGUGCAGUAGAUCAUUUUGAAAUCGUUACACAUUUUAUUUACGAGCGUCUGUAGUGGUACAUGUAUAAAAAUAACAAUAGCGCCCGUUGUAAACAAAAUGUCUAGUGUCAGUUUGGUUGUUCUGUCUGUGCUAGUAUUUGCAAGUGCCGGCCAUUCGGCCACUGGACAUAGGCAUUUGCGCUCCGUUUUCGGUGCAAUUUUUGAUGCUAGACCUGUGGUCAGUAUCGAGCCUCCAGCAACCACUUGUGUUGGAUGCUCCAAGAAGUAUACGGUUGUAGAAGCAGAAAACCAGUAUACGAUCCCGGAAACUGAACACUACAGCGUCACCGAGCAGGAAUUUACGGCUCUACGGAUAGAGUACAUAAAAAAUCAAAUCCUGAAGAAGCUGAGGCUGAAGGAGAAGCCUCAAGUUUCCAUGGCUCAUCUUCCGCAACCAGUGACUGAAAACGAAUCUAUACUUCAACAGUUGGACGAGUUUACUGAAAAUAGAUACUCUGAUGACUUUUAUGGUAAAACCACUCAGGCUAUCAUUUUUCCAUUCGAAGAUGAAGCGCGAUGUGUUAGGAAAAUUCGACAUCCUUCAGCUUGUAUUCCAUUCCAAAUGCCAACCGACAUCCACGCAUCUGAUGUGAGUUCUGCUGAGCUUUGGUUCUACAAAGACGCUGAUAUACUCGAUGACCACAAUCAAACAUUUGUAAUAUCAGAGGUGGCACAUUGGGAUACGAAUAAGAGUUUCCAAAAGAACAAGCCUAUAGCCAUCCACGAGACCAAUCUAAAUAUGGGAUGGUUGAAAAUUGACGUAGCGUAUGUGGUGAAGAACUGGUUGGAGUAUCAGGACUCUCCUACGCACGCCAUCAACGUCGCAUGUAAAACAUGCGGAAUGGACAUUCAUAAAUCUCCUGUCUCCUUUAAACCGGCCCUUAAACCCUUUCUUGUGAUCUACACCCACUCGCAGCAACGCAGGACACAGCAUCGUCGUACUAAGCGACAAAUCAAUUGUGGUCCAGGUGUCAACGAAUGCUGUAGAGAAAGCUUGUAUGUUUCCUUCGCGGAAAUCGGUUGGGAUGACUGGAUCAUACAGCCUGCAGGAUACAAUGCGUACUUCUGCAAGGGUUCCUGUGCAACAGCAGCCUCAGUUACUCUAAGCGCCACACAGCACAAUUCCAUUUUACAUAAAGUUAUGUACGGCACCAACCGGAACUCAGCUCAGAAACUGGAAUUGACACCUUGCUGCGCUGCAACGCAAUUCCAACCACUGCAACUAUUGUUCAUGGACAAUAACAAGACCAUCACAACGAAACUUCUGUCAAAUAUGAUCGUCGAUUCCUGUGGAUGCAUGUAAUGUAGCUCUAAAUCUUAGCAGUAUUUCAAAGAAAACGGUGAUUUAUAAUUAUUUAAGUAACUUUUUGCGUUACUAAACCCACUUCCCAAUCAUAGUCUACUUUCUGCUAUUUCUAGAGUCAUUUAAUUGCAGUUACCAAUUUUUGUUUUCUUGUUUUCUAUAUAAAUUUUAUGUUUUCUUUUGA